AUGCCCGUCUUUGAAGAUACCCUUGCCAACGACCAAAAGGCCCAAUUCCGACAAAGGAUUACAAAGGGGCAAGAGGAUGAAGAUGGUCAAGAGGGUGGACAAGACAGUGAGGUUGUGGAAGAUGAAAAGCGCGAACAGGAUGACGCCCUACUGAACCCAUUCUCCAAUCGAAAAGACACCGAACUCAGUUAA